CUGUGUUUCGCUAGCGUUAUACGAACCAUUGUCGUUAGCGCUACAAUUUUUUGCUUUACUUCGGUAGAGGAUUUGCCUUCAAAUUCACUGCCAUCAUGAAACUAGUGAGGUUUUUGAUGAAACUGAGCCAUGAAACGGUUACCAUUGAGUUGAAAAAUGGCACCCAGGUCCAUGGCACUAUAACAGGUGUGGAUGUAAGUAUGAACACCCACCUUAAAGCUGUGAAGAUGACCCUUAAAAACAGAGAGCCUACUCAGCUUGAGUCCCUGAGUAUUCGUGGCAACAACAUUCGCUACUUCAUCCUGCCAGACAGUCUUCCCCUAGAUACUCUGCUGGUAGACAUUGAGCCCAAAAUCAAGUCAAAGAAGAGAGAGGCUGUGGCAGGUCGUGGCCGAGGAAGAGGAAGGGGACGUGGUAGAGGAAGAGGACGUGGAAGAGGUGGACCAAGGAGAUGAAUCUCAUAAGCCUCUGUCCUUUUUUGUGUACAGGAUUUUUCUUUCAUUUGAAAAUAUUGAGUCACUUUCUUUUUUUGUACAAUAAACUUCAUUGUUUAGAA